UCAUCAAGGUUGGCUUUUCAAUAAAAUUUUGACUAAAUGUGUUUUAGCAUUCGUUAGAUUUCGUAGUUAUUUGUGCAAUUUAAAUAGAAGUUCGUUCAAUUAGUUGUAAAAUGAUUAAAAUGUGUUGCCUGUACAAGAUCACCGUUUUACGGUUGGUAACAGAAGGGCGUUGACAUUUAAUCAAAAAGGCGAAACGGGAAGAUGCGUCUGUGACAUUAAUUCGCUGGUAGCAACUCGAUCGGAUUCGUUGUUACGGUUGAUCUCUUAUGAACUAAUUGAGAAACAUGUCAAUUAAUUUAACGAAAAACAAAGACGCUUUGGUGGCUGCCUGGCACAGCGUAGUCGACGAUAAAUCGUCUACUAACUGGGCUCUGUUUGGAUAUGAAGGACAGACUAACAAUUUAAAGGUUGUUGGAUCAGGGACUGGUGGUUUAGAAGAGUUGAUCGAUCGAUUAAACAGUAGUUAUAUCAUGUAUGCCUUUUGUCGAGUAAUAGAUACUAAAACAAGCUUGCCAAAAUGUCUGUUAAUAAAUUGGCAAGGGGAAGGUGCACCGAUAGUUAGAAAGGGCACUUGUGCAAAUCAUAUUAGAGAUGUAGAAAAAUUACUGAAAGGUGCUCAUAUAACAGUUACUGCUCGCUCUGAGGAUGACGUCGAGGUAGAUUUUAUUAUGGAGAAGCUUGCCAGAGCAACAGCUUCUGCGUAUAAAUUUAAUGAGCCGCGCGGCGAAAACGAAGGUAAUACAGGUCCGGUUGGUACCACAUAUCGCAGAGUAAUUCCGGAGCAAGAAAUAAAUGCAACUGAACGUGAUCAAUUUUGGCAAAAGGAAGAAAUGGAGGAGAAAAAAAGACUAGAACAAGAACGUAUUAAAUGCGCGCAGGAACGUCAACGGCUCGAAGAAGAAAUUAGAGCUCGAGAGGAAAAAGAAGCACUGCUUAGAGAACAACAAGUCACUGCCAAAGAAAAUUCAAUAGCUCGACAAAAAAUGGCAGAACAACGUGCCGAAGAGGCGAACAAUUUUCUUAAUCAAAUGGCGGCAAGACAACAUUACAGUAACGAUGUUUACGAUAGCCAUAAGUCGCGAAGCGAAGAAUUGCGACGGCAAAGAAGUAAAGAAACGCAACAGUUAAUUGCUCAAAGAACGAUAAAUGCACGAGCAGUUUUUGAACAAAACUCCGCCGCCGGUCAAAUGACGUCGUCACAGCAACAAUAUGCUGUGAAAAGUAGUCAGGUGGAAACAGCUAAGAAGCCGCUCGAGGAGAGCGAGCAGAAGGAAAUACCUGAGACUAAAAUAGAGGAGGAAGAGAAAAUUGAAGCGAAUACAACGCAUAACUUGGAUGCAGUGACAAACUCUGUUUCGAUUGCACCCGUGGCUCAAAAUCAACACGUAGAAUCGAAAGCGACCGAGCCACUAGAAGAACCCGAAGAACCGCCAGUGACAAAAGAAGUAGUUACUGAAAAUGAAUUGUACAGCCAAAUGGAUGGUCAGUACUUGUACUUUGACCCAAACAACGAAGGAAUGAAAGCCAGGGCGUUGUACGAUUAUCAAGCAGCCGACGACACAGAAAUUACAUUCGAUCCUGGAGAUAUUAUUACGCACAUAGACGCCAUCGACGAAGGAUGGUGGCAAGGUCUUGGACCUGACGGAACGUAUGGACUUUUCCCCGCUAAUUAUGUUGAAGUUAUCGAGUAUAACACGACAUGAUAAGAAACGUACUUGUAAAAAUAGAAUACUUUUGUUUCUGAUUGAAAGAAAACCGUGCUUGUUUGUUUGCAUACAGAAAGUGAUAUUCAGUAUUUUCAUUGUUAUGGUGACAUCGUAUUUUCUUUUUAAUACAAAACGUACAAUUUUAUGUAUUUAGAUACAACGUAUUCUGAAGAAUAGUACGUAUUCAUAAUGGAAGAACGAAUUACCGUUUUACAGAUGAGUGCACACACAUUAAGAAAUUUAAAUAUUUCUACUAAUUAAUCACGCAGAAAAUAAAUAUUGUUAAUAUUUUAGCGGACAAGAUUUUAAACUUUAAUAGUCUCACAAUGCCAAUACAUACACAAAUGGCGAAGUACGUCUUCCCAUGUUUAACGUCACGAACGAAAAAUAAAUUAGCAGUAAACGAAUAUAUCUUUUUAUAACUUUCUCUGACGAAAAUCGAUGCGAUCAUAGGAAUAGCGUACGUAAUAACUUAGCAAAAUACCCUUUAAAUGCA